AUGUCCUUCUUUUUCAAUAAUCCUCAGCGCCCCGUCCUAUCGCAGGUAGUUGAAGUACUGCAGCGACUACAAAACAAUCCUCAACAGCUUGCCCAUGAGAGAGAAGAACGCUACGACGAACCCCCCCCGCCGUAUUCAGAGUCGGGCGAGACCACGCAGCCUCCAACCCCCGGGCCACCCAUUGUUGACCAGUCGUAUCAACGAGACCUACGAAGGAGAGCUCGCUACAAGACGACGCCAUUGAGCCAGUUCAAAAUGCAGGCUAAACGUGAACGCGAACGGCUUGAGCAUCAGAUGUCAGAGAAACGGUUUGGCCGAAGACAGACGUUGCCGUGGGAUGGCUCUUCAGAUCUUCGAGCCAACUCCGAGAAUAAUGUCCGCAGCCGCUGGGUAGAACAAGGCAUCUGGGGGGAUGAAUGGGGCCCAGCAUGGCCCGAGGACAGUCAUCCAAUGACGAUGAAAUGGGAACAAGAAGGAGAUGGUCCCUUCUUUGGCUCCUACAACUCGACCACUUCUGAGUCCUGGCCAGGCGCUCGCUGGGGCCAUGAGAAACCUGACCCAGAGCCUGAAUCGGAAUCGGAAUCGGAAUCGGAAUCAGAACCAAGGUCGGAGCCGGGGCAGGAACGACGACCUGUCUUUGGUAUCUUCGGCUCUGGUGUAGGCCAGCCAAAACGGCCGAAGCCUCAUCCGCUUAUCAGGCUUAUCCAGACAGAACAGGGACCGCGUCCAUAUAUUCCCAAUCCCACCGUUCGCAAUCCCGAGGCAUCCCGCCCCUAUAACCAGUUCUUGUAUCAGAUAUCCAAGGAGUGUGAGUGGAUCAAGGACGAGAUAGACCACAAGGCACCCGGUACUGGCGUCGACCUUGAUGCCAUGGCCUACCAAAGCGUCAAGGACAUCUGGAUCGAAGAUGGCAUUUGGAAUUCCAAGUGGGGCGAGCUGCCGGGAAUGACGUGGAUCCACGAAGAACCCGAGGAAGAGGAGGAAGUGGAAGCUCCUGCAUCCCCUGAUGCCACCAUAAGACAGCAAGAGAACGCCAUCGAUCACGGCAGACAGCACGCUUCCGUCCCGCAAACUAUCAAUAUAUUCGGGCAAACGCAAAUUUCUCACGUCGCCAGUGGUGGCAGUAAUAGCAGCUCCGCUCCAGCUCUUGGGGAUGCCGAAGCCUCUAAUACGGUGAGACGGACCGGCAGAAGGACGAGGGAAGCGUUAAGUCACCAGAACCCAGUCAACCACGACGUACAGGGCCCGGCAGACGCUCCUCGGCGGUCGCCUCGCAUUGCGAGGCCACCAAGGGAGGAGCGAGGUGUCCCCUCAGCCCCCCGUCCAUCCAAGCGCAGUCACGGUUCUGGCGCAGUCGAGGAUGAACAUCCUCCCAAACGGCUGAGGCGUAAUACUCGACACUCGGCUCCCCAUAAUGCAUCCGAUUCCGCUGAAGCAAACAAGCCACAUGGCUUGAGGACUGUGGACACAAACGGUGCGGUGGAAGGAAGGAUACCGCCUGGUGAUAAAAGGGUAGAGCCUGCAAGCGGCAAAACAAGAGGGAAAAGAGCCAAAGCUGUUUCCAAUCCAGCCAAUCCAGUGCGCCGCAGCGCCAGGAUUGCAGAAAGAGAAAUGAAACGCAAGGCCAACAUAGCGGAGGAGCUGCCGUCGAGGUCCCCUCGAGGAAAGACUACAAGGAGAGCCCGCCUAAAAUAA